GAACUACCUUUCAAAAUGCAUGACUCCCAUAAAGAUGACAGGUCUUACCGCAGGAUUUCUGUGAUUGAACCGAAACCCACUACUGACUUCAACCGCUUCUUACCCAACAAAAACAAGCAGACAGCAUAUGUGCCAGCACCCUUGAGGAAGAGGAGGACAGAGAAGAAUGAAGACAACAGGAGGAGCUGGGCAAGUCCUGUCACCGAAUCAGAUGGAACAUUUUCAAGUGGAUGUGAAAGGAACCCUGUAGCUUCCUGCCAAGAUAGGAGAGCAGAGUGUGAGCUCACAAAUCCAGCCUCUCUCCAGAUGAUCUAUGAGUAUGACAGUGGCUCUGAAUCAGAAGAUGAAAGAAGGCUACCUGACCUGGUUAUGGAUGACUUAGCAAAUCGUAGAUUUCUAGUCAAAAAGAGCCCUGUGAGCUCUGCUGCACCUGGACAUCAUUUCAUGUUGCACAAAGACUCUCCUAAACCUUGCUCACGAGAAAGUUAUCCAGCUGGUCCACUAGCUGCAAAGCUUGAACCACUGAGUAACCAGAGGAGGCAGAGGCAGUUGGAUACUAAAGCGGAAAACAAAUCAAGAGUUAACAUUCCUUCAGAAUUAUCUGGGUAUUUUGAUGAGGACGAGGAAGAAGAAAUAGGCAUCCCAAACAUUGAGAAAGAUGAUCUCUAUUUUCGCAAGCUAAGUGCUUCAGCAGCAAGUACAGUUGUUGCUUUUGACAAAUUUCUUCCUAAGUUUUGGACUCCAGAAGAAGAAUUGCUAUGGAAAAAAAUCAAGAAAUCCUCUUUCAAACCCUGGUAUAAAGAGAUUCAAGGGUUCAGUAGAAAGAAAUCAGAUUCUGAGGAUGAGGAAUUUGCUUACAAAAAAAGUUUUGCCACUGUUGCUAAUAAACCAAGAUCAACUUUUGACUGGAACAGCAGUUGCAGAAGGGAUCAGAACUAUAAGCCAACUGCUGAAUAUAUGGGAAGCUCACUGUCACAGAUUGCAGAAGGAAAAAUCUUGGAGGCUUCUGAUCAGCCCAGUCAGUUUUCGUUACUUCAGGCCCUGCAAAAAUACUCUGACUACUUGUCUUCUGAAACGAAGACUAAAAUUGAUCCUACUUCUGGCCCUAGGCUCAUAAAAUGUAGAAAGAAUAUUUCCUUUGUACCAGGAUGCAAGCAAGGAGAUGCAGAAAAUGGAUACCUGUAUCCAGAUUUAGAAAAUGAUGACUUGUUUGUUCGGAAAACUGGGGCUUUCCAUGUGAAUCAAGUUGUUCUCCAAGACCCUCGGUAUUUAAAAAGGUUUUCUGAGCAGGAGCCUCCCCUAGAGGGUGAGAUAAUUCUGCAACCCAGGGAGGGACAAACUGUGAUUCCAGAUUUGGAAAAGGAUGACAUGAUUAUUCGUAAAAUCCUCUCUCAGAAAAAAGAGGUACCUUUAUCAGGCGCUCCAGACACGUAUCACCCAGCGCUUUUUCCUGAUCCGUGGAGUCUUCCGGAGGAGAUCCGGUCCAAAUUUCUAUGUUUACUUGAAAAAAAUACAAUGCCAGAGGAAAAAACGAGCAACGGUAGAGUUCUGUCGCCGUCUUCCCACCAUAAGAAGGAUGAUAUGCUGACUCGGAAGAUUGAAUCUUGGAAGGUGGGAAGCAACGUCCAGCCGGUAAAUUUCAUCCCAGGUCCGUGCAGUGAGGAAGACUGGAAGAAGUGGGAAGCGAUCAGGGAGGCCAGCAAAGUUAGACACAAGAAACGGCAGAUGGUGGAGAGACUGUUUCAAAAGCUUUCUGAUGAGCAAGGGAGUAAAUCACUAAAUGAUGUCAGCGCAGAUGAGCUGCAGUCAUUGCGCAAAAUCCGUUAUGAAGAGCUACAAAAGAUAAAAGAGCAACUACAAGAACAAGAUCUAAAAUGGCAAGAAGAUCUAGCAAAAUGGAAGAAUCGUAGGAAGACCUUCACUUCUGAAUUGCAAAAGAAAAAGGAAGAGAGAGAAGAAAUAGAAAGGAGAGCCUCUGAAGUGUCUGAAAGGAGUACCAAGUCACUGAAAGAAAUGCAGCAGGAGAGAGAAAGAAAACAUGACCGCAGAUGGACGUAUUCACUGAACGAUGAUGUGUUUAGUGAAGAAAAAACACCUUCCACACAGUCAGCAGCAGCGAAAGAUUACCUCCUGGAAGAAGACACCUUCUACAACACUAAGGACAACAACAAUGCAUAUGCCGCACAGCCGCGCACAGAGAACCUGCCGGAGAGCUCUGCUGCUCGAGAAGCUCCUGCUCCAUCAAAGAGCCUGGCAGAGGAGCAGAGCUCGUCUCUUUUGUCUACUCGCUACUCGGUGAAUGCUCAAACUGGGUCAGCUCAGGUUUCAGCUUCUCUCCCCAGAAGUUACCAGAAAACUGACACCUCUAGGUUAACAUCCGUGGUUACACCAAGACCUUUUGGUGUCCACUCUAGAGGAAUCUCAUCACUUCCACGGUCAUUCACGAUGGAUGAUGCCCAGAAAUACAACGGAGAAGUAGAAAAAGCUAAAAGAACCCAAACUUUGUUCACUAGCAGUUCAUUUUCACAACCAGACUCUGCACACCCUCUCUCCACUGGUACAUUCAGAAACAGAGGUGAGGAGGAGGAAAAAGAAGGUGUUCACUCAACACCUCCAUCUAGUUUGGCAUUACCUGUAAAAUCCCAAGACCAAGAUGCUGGAAGCAGUAUUCUUAAACCAGAGUAUUGCUCUCCUCCUGAUUCACUUUCACUUGCAUCCCCUGCAGAAAAUGUGAGUCUGCCAGAGCCUGAGGCUUCAAAGUCCCUGGAACAGUACAGUGAAAUGAGAAUCAGUAUAAACCAGAGACCGGGCCACAGUCGCAGCUUUGGGUUUACAACAAAUUGGAGUACUUCAGGGGCCUUUGUGCAGACAGUUGAAGAAGGUAGCCCUGCAGCUCUUUGUCAGUUGCAUGUAAAUGAUGAGAUCAUUGCUAUCAAUGGCACAAAGGUUUCAUGUAUGGACUCUAGUCAGUGGGAAGAAGCCAUCGGCAGAGCACUAGAAACUGGAAACCUAGUCCUGGAUGUCAGACGAUACGGAAAGAAUGAUUGGGGCAAAGACCAGCCUUCCCUGCCACAUGUAAGGCAUAAAAUCCUCAAUCUCACCAGUAUGGCUACCAACAUUAUAGGUACCUCUGAAAAUAAAUGGAUCGAUGCAACUUCUGGAGAACACAUUUCAAAUGUUUCCACCAUAUCAACAAAAAGAGAUUUCUCCAGCAGCCUUCAAAGCUCUGAUACAGAAACAAAAUUGAUAAACGGAAUGCAAGGAGAUCUUGGCUCUAACGAACAAAGAGCAUCUGAACCUAUUUCUUUGAAAAACUUUAAAAGACGGUCUCAAUUUUUUGAACAAGGAGGCCCAGAGCCUGCAAUGCCUGAUCUCCCAGUCCCGUCCAUUAGUGCUCCUAGUCGUCGGGUUUGGGAUCAAGAAGAAGAACGAAAACGACAGGAAAAAUGGCAAAAGGAGCAGGACCGUUUAUUGCAGGAGAAGUACCAACGGGAACAAGAAAAACUGAGGGAAGAAUGGCUACGAGCUAAGCAAGAAGCAGAAAAAGAAAGCUCCAAGUAUUUUGAUGAGGAGCAAACUGUUCUGACCUUAAACACAUCAUCUGUCCCUGCACGGGCUCCCUCUGUGUCUAGCUGGAGAGCAAGCCCUGAAGUGAAUACUGAAGAGCCAAGAGACAGUGGAGGAAGUCAGAUGGCAGUGCAGUUGCUGCACGAAGAAGAAGAAAGGAGGCAUCGGGAGGAAUGGAGGAUCCGGGAAGAAGCAGCCCAGCGUUUUGAGCAAGAAAGGCAACUCCAAGAGUUUGAGAGGCAACGUAAAGAGAGGGAAGAGCAGUAUGCUGAGGAGCAGAGGCGGCAGGCGGAGAUGGAGGAGCAGAGGCGGCAGGCGGAGAUGGAGGAGCAGAGGCGGCAGGCGGAGAUGGAGGAGCAGAGGCGGCAGGCGGAGAUGGAGGAGCAGAGGCGGCAGGCUGAAAGACAGAGGGAGAGGGAGGUAUCAGUGGAGAUGCCUCAGUACCAAAGACAUUAUGAACGAUAUGAAGUAUCUAAAACAAUAGAGGAACGUGGUGGCCAUCCUCUUAUUGACAGGCAUUAUGAACGUUACGAAGUUUCCAAAACCACUGAGGAGCAUCCUAGCCAGUCAUUUGUUGACAGGAAUAAGUCCAAGUCAACUUCAGAACUCAAUGAAUUCAACACAAUGCGAAAUGGUACCCAGAGCAAGCAUUCAGAGAGGUUCUGGACCACAAGUGAGUCACAGAAGAAGGCUCAGAAGGAGCACAACCUUUCUGCAGCAGAGUUGGAGAGACAGCAAAUCCUUCAGGAAAUGAGAAAGAAAACAUCUCUACACACGGACAGCAGCUGGAUUAGGCAGCGCAGUUCCAGUAUACAUAAAGAGCCUGUUAGUCUAUACAGCAAUAGUAUGAGGAGAGGGGAGUCUUUGGACAAUCUUGAUUCUUCAAGAACAAGUUCCUGGAGGCACCACUCAUGGCUGAACCAGUCUGCUUCCUCUUCAUCUCUGUCCUCUAGUCAAGAUUUCAGUCGCCCGGUGUCCACUUCAAACCGAGCCUACAUGUGCACUCCUUCCUCCAGCAAAGUACCUCCUGUGACCACCUCUGCAAGAGCCCCCUCUAUGUCCCAGACAGCUCCCCGGGCUCAAUCUCCCCUCUCUGCUUCCCAGCCAGGGUCCCAGACACGAAGCAGGUCAGUCAGUGGGAAGAAAAUCUGUUCAUACUGUAAUAACGUUCUGGGCAAAGGAGCAGCCAUGAUCAUUGAGUCUCUUGGUCUUUGUUAUCAUUUACAGUGCUUUAAGUGUGUUGCCUGUGGAUGCGACCUUGGGGGAUCCAGAGCAGGAGCUGAAGUCAGGAUCCGAAACAAUAAACUCUUCUGCAACGACUGCUAUAUCAGAUUUAAAACUGGACAACCAACCUCCAUGUGA